AUGGAGGGAGGAGCGGGGUCUGAAGGGCUGGUGAACUUUCUGAGCCUGGAAGUGCUCGACGCGGCGAAGCCGCUCAUUGGUGACUUUUUCCGGCCGGCACACCAGGUCGCUAUGCAGAGGUUGUUCAAGCGACAUGCGCUGAAUUGCAGCCUCUUCGACCUCCAGUCAUCCUCGUCGCAGCAGGGUCUCUCGCAGUCCAGCGUGUCGGUUGAGCAUGACGACGUGAGCCGCGUGAGCUGCGCCGCCCUACUCGCCUCCGAGGAGCCCCGCCGUCUGAAGCUAUUUGUCCUUUCCCCGUCGGUGGCAGAGCCGCCGCGCUACUGCCGCACCGGCCUCCUCGGCGAGGCGGAGUCCCUGCACGCGAAGCACGCCGUGGAGUACGAGUUUCUCGUCCCCGCGAUCAGCUCGGCCGUCGAGAGCGUCAUCGCCGCACAUGCAAAGUGGCAGCAGCGGUUGAGUGCGCGCGAGCAGCGGGGCUCGGGGGUGGAGCUGACAACAAAAACCCUGCUUUCCGCGCAAACGAAUGUCGAGGCUGCCGCGGAGGGAUCCACGCACGCGGAGGCGCCCGCAGCUGACGCCGAGGCAACGCAGGACUGCUUCACUUGCUUCGAGACGAACGGCGUGCCGGCUAUCACCUUUCCGGAAUACAUGCAUCGAAUCGUGGAAUACACCUUCGUGUCACCGUCUGUGUUGUUGGUUGCCUGCAUUUACCUCGACCGUCUCCUCACCCGCAGGGCGUCCCUGCUCCUCACGAACCAUAACGUCUUCAAGUUGUUCGCCGCCGCAACGCGCGUCGCCAGCAAGGUCAUGGACGCACGGACAGUUAGUAACAAGAGCUUUGCCCGCGUCUGUGGCUUGCGAAACACCGAGAUGAACUUUCUCGAGUCGCGUUUCAUGCGCGUCGUUGAACUAGACCUCUACGUGUCGGCCGCGGAGUUCUACAGUUACGUCGAGGACCUCGUCACAACGGUCCCUGUCAAGGCGCCGGCCUCGAAGAGGGCAGACCCGUGCGCUGCCGGCAGCGACCAGGGGGGGAAGUUGCUGCUUCCCAUUGUGCGCCAGGUGAGCGCGAGUAGCAUAAGCCGCAGCGGGAGCGGUAGUCUUGGGGGACAGAAGAAAGCAUUUGGCCCACUUCCGCCUGUUGCGCCGUUGCGCUGCGGCGCCACACCGGGUACCAGCCUCGUUUUUAGUCCGCGCAAAGGCGCAAACGGUGGUACGGCGAGAGCUAAAGAUGGCGCUGCGGAGGUGGGUGGCAGGGUGGAGCGGGGCAGCAACGCGGUUGUCAUGAGUGGCGCCGCGGUGCCGCCGGUCAGUGUUAAAAGUGAAGAGGUCGACGUCGGCAUUUCCUUCCGCUCCCGUUCGAUGACGAUGCCCGCGCCGGUGCCGAGGAACUCGCGUCUCAGCCUGCCUGCCGCAAAGGAGCUCAAGGGUGUCAGCAUCGACGUCAAUAAUGUCAGCAUCGACGUCAAUAAUGUCAGCAGUAGCCGCCACUUCAACAAUUCCGCCGCCGUGCGUCCGCAGCAUGUAAAGGUGCGGAUUGGGACCAGACCGGAGUAA